AUGAAUCAUGACGAGCACCCGCACCGUCAAGUCGCGGGCAUAAGGCGCUACCGCUCCAAGUCGCAAAGACCAUGCGACUUAUGCAGGGCCCGCAAAGUGCUCUGCAAUAUCCCUGAUCCGACGCGUCCAUGCCAGCUCUGUGAUCGCACAGGACGCGAUUGCACGUUUGUGGGGAAUCCGAAUAAGAAGCCCAGGGACAAUAGGACGAGACGGCUGAAUUCCGAGGGUGGAGGGACGCCGAUUGUUGUGCCGCAGCCGGAGCAGGGACUGAUGCAGAAUGUUGGUGGGUAUGAGGCGUUAAGCAUGCAGGAUGAGGUCCAAUCUUCUGGUAUUGAGCCAGGGCUUGAUUUAACACCUCUGGAUGGCACAGUAUCGCAAUCAAUUUUCUCACCUGGAGGCGGCAUCAACUGGGACAUGUCAUUCGACCAACACGGCAUAGACCAGCCUUUUGACUUCUUCGCCAACGGCGAACUCCCAAAUCUCGAGCCCCUCGAUGAUCCAACACCCUCAGACGACUAUGGAGAAAUCCCCAUCGCCACUCCUAGCAAAAUAGCAGAUCUGCCCGCCAGCCCAACAGCCCUGUUCGAGCGCCUUUCAUUCGACCAACGGCCAGACCACUCAACCUCACUAAUUGGCUUCUCUAACGAAUCUGAUCCGUUUUCUCUUAAUCAUUUUCCGUAUUCGAGUAGUGAUGAAGUGGACUUUUAUCGCGUUGCGUACCGACGGCAGCAACAUGCGUUUCCGGCGAAUCCCCCGAUUCACUUUUUGCAGAGUCAAACGGGGACUGCUAUUGAGAGCCAGAAGAUUGUUGAUAAGUGCAUGUCGUCGCUGGGUGAUAGGGAACAUCUGGAGAAAUUGGUGGAUCGAGAGACGGGCGUGGCGUUGGUGAAAUUGUACUUCAGAUUUGUUUUCGAAGACUUACCAAUCCUCUCUCGCUCUGUGGUCUUUGAAGAUUUGAACAAGUUUGUCGCUGAGGCAUCUACUGGCUUACUUGCGGGGAUAUACGCGCUUGCACUGCCCUUCACGCCCUGGGAUGAGAAGCUCUGUCUCGACAGUGCAUAUUUCAAGCCCGACGUCAACGAUCUAUGGCAAGUCUCGUACACCUGUCUUCAGAAGGAACUUCACUUUCCCCGUCUCUCCACCAUCCAGAUCUUUCUUCUUCUUCUCAAUCAUACUCCCUUUGAUGUUGUCGUAGUGGAGAACCCCUUCGUGUGGUCCUUGGCGGCUUCCAUGCUGGCCAUGGCUCAGUCACUUGGUUUGAACGUCAACCCUACUGGAUGGAAAUUGCCAGCGUGGGAGGUUCGCCUUCGAAGGCGGUUAUGGUGGGCUGUUUAUGUUGAGUAUACUUGGCGUGCAGUAACCCAUGGUCGGUCUUCCAUGAUAUCUGACGAUGACUGGGAUGUCUCACCACUUACAUCUGCCGACUUCACUCUUGAUCCUACAGCUACAAUACCGGAGAGCAUUCGAGAUCAGUCACUUGACUAUUUCAUCCGUUUAUGCUCAUUGACCGAGAUCACUAGCGGAAUCUGUCGACAAUUCUUCUCCCUACGUGCCGCAUCACGGCCUCAAUUGCUUGACUCUCUUCUCGAGCAAGCUCGCGGUCCACGUCAGCAGCUACUCAAAUGGCUUGAGGACCUCCCUGAAUCUCUGGCUCUAAGACCAGAGGCCAGCGACAGCGAUGCAGAUGACUCCGUCAAGAGCCAUAGAUCCCUAUACGUAGCAUAUUACACAACGCACAUCCUCGUUCUACGAGCAUUACUACGCCCCAUCAUUGACGGUAACACACAGCUCAACCACGUGCAAUCCUCUGUGGAGACAGUUCUCCAAGCAUGCCGCGGUCUGAUCCAAACAGUCAUCAAGUUCAUUCGUGGCCUCGAUGCAAGACAUCAAUCAGCAUUCUGGCCAGCAUACACACGGAACUGUCUCGCAUAUCCCGGACUAUUCUGCUACAUGCUGUGUCUACAGAAACGGCAGCCUGAUAUGACGGCGUAUGAUCAGAACCUUCUCGCGACAUGGAGAAAGACUCUCCGCACGCGAAUGCAGUCGUGGCCUUUCCUGCGCUUUGCAAUUGUCAAGGUUGACGCAAUUUAUUGGAAGAAACUAUAUCAAGACAAAAAUUGA